AUGCAAGGCAUCGGCGACGCCUCUCCACACACACCCGAGUCAGUCGCUUCCUGGAUCAGGUCAUUUCCCUUGGACCCUCUCGAAUACGAGAUCGACACGACCGGCAAGAGCACACGAAAGUCCGCCUCCAAAACCUACCGCAUAUGGGGAGACCUUGACGAGAAAGGUAUCAGAGUCGUCCAUGACCAAACCCUGAACGGGAGAAUCUCUGCAUCUCUCAGAUCUCAGCAGUCGUCGUUGAGCAAGGGAGUCACUCCCUUCAUGGAGGAAGAUCUGAGAGUGGCACGGCGUAGUGCUCGAAGAACCACUGUUGAGGCUGAGAUUCAUCUACGUGGUGUCAUGAGGUCAAACUUCUUCGAUUGCUCUACCGACGCCAUCAAUUCCCGGCUUCCCAGUCACCUCCAUGGCAAGUGGAAGCCGUUCUCAGGCGAGGAGAGCGACCGCCUUUAUUGGGUCUUCAUGCGCAACGGUAUAGCCAUUGCUAUCAUCGAGGUGAAGAUGUGCACCGAUCUAACGACAUCUGGCGAAGGUGCAGUGUCUCAGACCGACGACCGUGACCACCCACCAACAGAAAAGGUUGAACUUUGUUCGAGGCCGCAAGGUGAUACAGCUGAGAGGGGAGGGGCCCAAAGCGACGCAAGUCACAGCGACCAGUCCCAGGCCGAUAAGAAGGAGCAUUCGGACAGUCAUCAUGUGCCGGACAAUGAGAACGAGCUGGAUGAGGAAAUCUCUGUGCAUCGGCCGCUAAAGUUGGAGCGACUGUUGAUGGCGUGCAGGCAGGACGGGGGCUUGAAGCUCAUUCUGGCCAGUGGGACAGGAAAAGAUGGUAAAGUCCGGCCCGCCUUGCGCAUUGUGGACCAAGACGGGACUAUCGUGCCGGAAAUGACGUACUGGGCAAAGGAAAUAUCCCAGGUAAGCUCAGAGAACUACUACGACUUGCUAUGA